AUGGUAGAAACUUCUAAAGAUCUGCUAGUUGAUUUACAUAUCAAGUUUAUACUGAGCCAAGAUGAACAAAAAGACAAGAUGAGCUACUGGACAUUUCAACAUUUAAAAAUGAAUGGUGUUUUCUGGGGUAUUAGUGCUAUGAAUCUUCUAGGUCACCUUGAUAAGUUCAAGCGGGAAGAUGUGAUUUCUUUUGUUCUAGGGUGUUGGAACAGUGACGGUGGUUUUGGUGGGAAUGCCGGUCAAGACUCUCAUAUGUUGUACACUUUGAGCGCUAUUCAGCUUCUUUGUUUAUUUGAUGCGCUUGAUGUCAUUGACACGGCGAAGUGUGCGCGUUGGGUGGCGUCGCUGCAGCUGCCGGACGGUUCCUUCCAGGGUGAUGUGUGGGGGGAGGUGGACACGCGAUUUGUGUACAUUGCGAUGAAUUGCCUCUCGCUGCUGGGGCGCCUCUCGCUGAUGGACGUGGAGGCGGCCGUCGGUUGGGUGCUGCGCUGCCAGAAUUGGGACGGCGGCUUCGGCACGACCCCCGCCGCGGAGAGCCACGCCGGGCAGAUCUUCUGCUGCCUCGGCGCCCUCCGCAUCGCCAACGCCCUCCACCGCGUGGACGGCCAGCGACUCGCCGCGUGGCUCGCGAUGCGACAACUCCCCACCGGCGGCCUCAACGGGCGGCCAGAGAAGAAGGCGGAUGUCUGUUACAGCUGGUGGGUCGUCGCCUCCCUCGCCAUGCUGGGCCGCACUAGCUGGAUCGACAGAGACGCACUCUUCGCAUUCAUACUCACAUGUCAGGACGAAGAGGAUGGCGGCAUCGCAGAUAAACCGGGAAACGUCGCAGACGUUUACCACACCUUUUACGGUCUCUGCGGCCUCAGUCUCCUCGGUUAUAAUCACUACCCACUCGCCGAGAUUAAUCCAGUCUACGCGAUGCCAUACGAUACACUUGAGCGUCUCGGGGUAUCGGAAGAGAGGGGUCUACUCGUAGGAAAGAGAGGGAACUAG